AUGGCUGCGCGAUUUUUGUUAUUCCUGGUCUGCGUGGCCGAGCUCUCAUCCCUCAUAUUAGCUGGCGGGCACGGGGGUCAUAAAAAGGUGGUCAUCCACGUACCGCUGUACGUCAAGCAUCAUCAUCACAAACACACCAUCGUGAAGCACGUCCAUCACAAACACGGCGGUGGGGGCGGCGAUGAUCAUUAUGAGGUGCUAGGUUACACCUACGGCGAACCUAAGGCUGCUCCACACUUUGGCGGAGGUCACGGAUGGGGUGCUGCAGAGGAAGACCACGGCCACGACUCCCCCGUCAGCUUCGAAGCUGGCGACCACGGUGGCUACGCGCUCAGCGACGACGACUACAGCCACAGUGGCUACUAG